AUGAGCUCCUUUAACAUAACGGAAGCUUAUCUUAAGUUCUUAGAAGAUGACCCAGACUUGACUAUGCCGAUCGCUGCAAUCGAGUCCUUGGUUACCAUGCUUAGAGUCAAGCAGCCUUCUACCUCUUCCGAAUUGAUCAAUUUGGUCAAAUCGAACAUCGAAGUCCUUAAAUCCUCUAUCUCCAACGCCAUUUCUCUUUCCGCAGGUUGUGAUUUAUUCAUGAGAUUCGUCUUAAGAAACACAAACUUAUAUUCGGAUUGGGAAUCUUGUAAGAAAAAUUUGGUGGAGAAUGGUGAGUUGUUUGUACAAAGAGCUAAGGAAUCAAGAUUUAAACUGGCUGAAUUUGGUAUACCAUUCAUUAAAGAUGACGACACUAUUUUAGUGCACUCAUUCUCUCGUGUUGUGUAUCAGUUAUUGUUGUUAAGUAAAAAGGAAAAAAUGAUCAGGUUCAGAGUCAUAGUGACUGAAUCGAGACCAACAGGUAAGGGCUACCAUAUGGCCAAACUAUUGCAAGAGGCUGGCAUCCCCGUAGAAUUAAUCGUAGAUAACGCUGUUGGAUUUGUGUUGCAUAAGGUGGACAAGAUCCUUGUAGGAGCUGAAGGUGUGGCUGAGAGUGGUGGUAUUAUAAAUCAUAUUGGUUCGUAUCAGAUUGGGUGCUUGGCCAAGGCUAACAACAAGCCAUUCUACGUGGCCACCGAGUCUCAUAAGUUCGUAAGAUUAUUCCCCUUGUCACCAAACGAUUUACCGGAAGAGAUCAAUAAGUUGAUCGCAUCUCAGGUGCCCUCUGAGUCAAACACAGACGUUGCAUUAAAUACUCCAUUAAUCGACUUCACUCCACAUGAGUACAUCACUGCAUUGAUCACUGACUUGGGAGUAUUGACGCCGUCGGCUGUUUCUGAGGAAUUGAUCAAGAUGUGGUAUGAUUAA